AUGGCAGCAGGAGUAGCAGCAUGGUUGCCCUUUGCCAGGGCAGCUGCCAUAGGAUGGAUGCCAGUGGCCAAUUGUCCUAUGCCACUGGCUCCAACGGAGAAAAAUAAGAGGCAGGACGAGCUGAUCAUUCUCAAUGUGAGUGGCAGGCGUUUCCAGACCUGGAGGACUACACUUGAGAGAUACCCCGACACUCUCCUGGGCAGCACUGAGAAGGAGUUCUUCUUCAAUGAAGACACUAAGGAGUACUUCUUUGACCGAGACCCUGAGGUCUUUAGGUGCAUCUUAAAUUUUUAUAGAACUGGCAAGCUACACUAUCCAAGGUAUGAGUGCAUCUCUGCUUAUGAUGAAGAGCUUGCCUUUUAUGGGAUCCUCCCUGAAAUCAUUGGGGACUGCUGCUAUGAAGAGUAUAAAGAUAGAAAGCGGGAAAAUGCAGAGCGGCUGAUGGAUGACAAUGACUCAGAAAACAACCAGGAAGGUUCCAUGCCAUCCCUGAGCUUCCGGCAGACCAUGUGGCGAGCCUUCGAGAACCCCCACACCAGCACCUUAGCCUUAGUCUUUUACUAUGUCACUGGUUUCUUUAUUGCUGUCUCUGUGAUCACUAAUGUUGUGGAAACUGUCCCUUGCGGCACAGUGCCUGGAAACAAGGAGCUUCCAUGUGGGGAGAGAUAUGCUGUGGCUUUCUUUUGCUUAGACACAGCUUGUGUGAUGAUUUUCACGGUUGAGUAUCUGUUGAGACUCUUCGCGGCCCCAAGUCGCUACAGAUUCAUCAGAAGUGUAAUGAGUAUCAUUGAUGUGGUAGCCAUCAUGCCGUACUACAUUGGCUUGGUGAUGACCAAUAACGAGGACGUCAGCGGAGCCUUUGUGACACUAAGGGUUUUUCGGGUUUUCAGGAUUUUCAAGUUUUCUCGCCAUUCCCAAGGUUUAAGAAUCUUGGGCUACACUUUGAAGAGCUGUGCCUCUGAGCUUGGCUUUCUCCUCUUUUCUCUCACUAUGGCAAUCAUCAUCUUUGCAACUGUGAUGUUUUAUGCAGAGAAAGGGUCCUCAGCUAGCAAAUUCACCAGUAUUCCUGCUUCCUUUUGGUACACUAUUGUAACCAUGACAACACUUGGUUACGGUGACAUGGUGCCCAAGACAAUUGCUGGGAAGAUAUUUGGCUCCAUCUGCUCCCUGAGCGGGGUGCUGGUCAUUGCUCUGCCGGUUCCUGUCAUUGUUUCCAACUUCAGCCGUAUUUACCACCAGAACCAGAGAGCAGACAAGCGGAGAGCUCAGAAGAAAGCCCGACUUGCAAGGAUUCGAGUGGCCAAAACAGGUAGUUCCAACGCUUACCUUCACAGCAAGCGCAACGGCCUCCUGAAUGAAGCCCUGGAGCUGACGGGAUCCACUGAAGAUGAGCAGCACAUGACUAAAGGCACCUCCUUAAUUGAAAGCCAACAUCACCACCUGCUGCACUGCCUGGAGAAAACAACCGGAUUGUCCUAUCUUGUGGAUGAUCCCCUGUUAUCUGUACGAACUUCCACCAUCAAGAAUCAUGAGUUCAUAGACGAGCAGCUGUUUGAGCAAAAUUGCAUGGAGAGUUCAAUGCAAAACUACCCAUCCUCUCGAAGUCCCUCCUUGUCAAGUCACCAUGGUUUGACCACCUCCUGCUGUUCUCGCCGUAACAAGAAGACCACUCACCUCCCCAACUCCAGUGUGCCAGCCACUCGCCUCCGGAGUAUGCAGGAGCUCAGCACUAUCCACAUUCAGUGCAGUGAGCAGCCCUCCCUCACAACAAGUCGUUCCAGUCUCAAUAUGAAGUCAGAUGAUGGGCUGCGACCGAACUGCAAAACUGCGCAGAUAACAACAGCCAUCAUCAGCAUCCCCACACCGCCGGCACUAACACCAGAAGGCGAGAGUAGGCCUCCACCCAGCAGUCCUGGCCACUCCACGAACAUUUCUACCACUACCACAAGCAACAUAGUCAAGGUCUCUGCCUUGUAA